ACCGGCACAAAGGAGAAGCCGAGAUUCAGAGUGUGAUGAGUGCUGAGCAGGAGCCUGCUCGCGGGAGAGCCAGACGGACCCAUUUGGACUGUUAAAAGCAAAAGAAGAGGAGCAGAUUCAGGAGGAAACCUGUUAAAGCCUUUCCCAUUGUCACAUGGAGACAGGAACCGGGAGGUCAACUUUACCGCUGCUUUUGGGAGGAGACAUGCUGGUGGGUGGUCAGGGCUGUUGGUGACAACUGUGCAGCUUUGGAACUGAACUAAAACAAAAGACUGACAAAGAGGAGGAAUCCGGUCAUGCGGGUGCCUUUUCAGCUGUCCUGAAAGGAGGAUAACUCCCCACUGGAACUGUGGUGCUUUCUCCAAACAUGGACCAUCUGAGUUAAAAAGUGGCGCCUCUGAGUGAGUGAGUACGUAAAAGUAAGCUUGUAUCUGGCGGGGUGAAGUCUCUCUCACAGAGGCAGUGCAGGGGGAGGGGAGCAAGCCUCAGCCUGGAUCUCCGUCCUCUGGGAGGGCUGCAACCCCCAAACCAGCCACAUCAGGAGUCAGCCAUGUGCAGCCCCCCUGCUUGACAUGGACAUCCAAAAGAAACACUUCAUGACAUAAGUGUCUCUCUUUGUUCUUUUUCUCCUCCUACAUGAGGGUAUUGUCCGAGGAGGCUGUUCAUUAUAUAGCCAUUACAUAAGCAACCCCCCCUCUUGCCUCUUUGUCUCAUGAUGUACAACACUACUCAUCUGAUGGACAAUGCCUCACAUGGAAACGUCUCCACCUGCGCCAAGAAUGAUGCCUUUAAAUACCCGCUGUACAGCACAAUCUUCAGCAUCGUCUUCGUCAUUGGACUCAUCACCAACGUGGUGGCUAUCUACAUAUUCACCUGCUCCCUCAAGCUGAGGAACGAGACCACCACCUACAUGAUGAACCUGGUGGUGUCCGACCUGCUGUUUGUCUUCACGCUGCCGCUGAGGGUCUUCUACUUCAUCAACCAGAACUGGCCCUUCGGAGGUCUGCUCUGCAAGGUGUCCGUCUCCCUCUUCUACACCAACAUGUACGGCAGCAUACUCUUCCUCACCUGCAUCAGCGUGGACCGCUUCCUGGCCAUCGUGCAUCCUUUCCGCUCCAGGACAAUCAGGACCAAACGCAACGCCAAAAUAGUGUGCGUUGCCGUGUGGAUGCUGGUGCUCUCGGGUAGCCUCCCGACAGGGUUCUUGCUGAACAGCACCACCAACGACACCAACGGAAACGCCACCUUCUGCUUUGAGAACUUCUCGUCCAAGCAGUGGAAGUCUCAUCUGUCGAAAAUGGUGAUAUUCAUAGAGACAGUGGGCUUCCUCAUCCCUCUGCUACUCAACGUUUGUUGCUCCAUCAUGGUUCUACAGACUCUCCGUCGUCCCCAGACCGUGAGUCGUGGGGGGGAGAUGAACAAAAAGAAGAUUCUGCGCAUGAUAGUCGUGCACCUCUUCAUUUUCUGCUUCUGCUUCAUCCCCUACAAUGUCAACUUGGUGUUCUACUCCCUGGUUCGGACCAAAACGUUAAACGGCUGCUUCGUGGAGUCCGUGGUCCGAACCAUCUACCCCGUCGCCCUCUGCAUUGCCGUGUCCAACUGCUGCUUUGACCCCAUUGUGUAUUACUUCACCUCAGAGACCAUUCAGAACUCCAUGAAGAGACCCUCUCAGAUGGGCCGGUCGUAUGACAUCAAGUUCUCGGAGGCCCUGCAGUCGGAAACCCAAUCCAGCCUUCAGUGGAGCCUGAGGAGCCUCAAAGCUAAAGUCUUCCACAAUGAGUCUUCAGUGUGACCGCCACAGCCCAUCCGUCCAAACCUUCGAGGAUUUUAUGGAGCACUUUCUCUUAUCAAAGCCUCCUUCUCAGGGCAAACGUUUGCCCCACACCCCUUUCCCAGAGGAGUACACAAUAACAGUGGGAGUAACUCAAAAUGGAGAACAAUCAAUGAACUACUGAGUGUUAAAGAUAUUCCCUGUUUGUCUGUAUAGUUUUGGUAAGUUGUGGUGCUAACUUUAGAUAUAUCUAUUGUAUCUUUUCAUUAACUUAAGACACAGAGUCAUGAAUGUACAGAGCUUGAUGGUCGGGCUGCAUUUCAACUUUGACACAUUAAAUUUUAAAUGCACUGACAGUCAUCCUGCAGUCGUGUGAUGAAUAAAACCACAUGCUGACUCGAA